UUUUUUUCUGAAAUAUAAAAUGUCACGAGGCAAAACAGGCGGAAAUAUGGAACCAAUGCCAUUUGUGCGCCGUUGGGGUGCUUCGGCAAAUGAUGACGAUGCGGAAGACCCAACACGAGUUCACCCAAAUGGAAGUGAAUCUACAAGUGAUGUUUCUCCGCCUAAAAAGCAUCGACAUCGUGAUCGUUCCCGAUCCCCGAAGAGAGACAAGCGACGUUCUCGUUCUCCUGAUAAAAAGAGACACAAGAAACGUUCAAGGUCGCGUGAGGGACGAAGCAAGAGGCGCCGAUCUCGUAGUCGUGAUGAUGGUAGAGAUAGAGGUGUGUUUUUAUACUUUUUCUUAAAACGUUUUUUUAAUUGCUUAUGCGUGCCAGGGAUUGAAAAUAUUACUUAUUUUUAUAUUCUAGAUGAUCGGUCACGUGACGAUGGUUUAUCUGCUUUUCCUCCUCCUCCAGAUUAUCUCCAACAAGUUCAGCAACGUCAACAAGAGAUAGAAAUGCAAAUCAUGCAGCAGCAGAUGCAACAAUCAAUGAAGCAAGAGGUUUCUGAUUAUGGCCAAACUUGGCAGGAGGAGCAACAAAAACAGUCGGCAGGAGGUGAUGCUCUUUCAGCGGCGCUUGCAGCAGCGGCAAUGGUGGCUCAGAAAUUGAAAAAGACUCACGGAGCUCCCGUAUCUACCGAGUUGAUUGCUAAAAUACCUCCUAAGCAGACUGGAUAUGCUGAUACGGUUCUUUCUAAAGACCAGUUUGAUGGUAAAAAAGCAGGACAAACAGAAAGUGAUGAACAAAGAGAGAAACGACGUAAAUCGCGUUGGAGCAACACAAAAGCUUUUGUACCGGGAAUGCCAACAAUUUUACCUGCUGACAUCGAUGAUAAUCAACGACAGAUUUAUUUGCUUCAAAUGGAUGUUGAAGAAACAACUCGUCGAUUACGGCAAUGUGACUUUGGUCAAAAUUUGGAUCCGUCAGAGAGGUCUUUAAUGGAUAUAUUUUUGGGUUUAAAGGGGGGAGAUUGUAUUAAUUUUAAUCUAUAUAUUUAG